AGUUUAUUUUUGAGGGGUGGUUGUUGUCGCUGUUAAUGUUUAAGCUCGCAUUCUUAGUCGUUUUUUUUAUUAUUAUUUACGCUGCUGUUAAUUGAGGCGGGUGCCGCCGCCCGUCUACAUUUCCCAGUUCGCACGGGCGGACGCAGCCAGGCACUCGACCCCGCAUUGGUUGGAGGGCGCGCGAGGGGCGAAAGUGCCGCUCGCGAUUGGCGCAAAAUCUGCAACGUUGGCAGCGCCGACCAAUCGCGCGCAUGCAGGGUCGACGCUUCGCCUUAAGCGAACUACGCAAUGUGAAAGCCUCGACACGAAAAUCAAACGCAUGUUUUAAAAAAACAUUUCCACUUUUUAAAAAAACAAACGAUAACCGCACCGUGUACAAGCGGCGGCUGUUCUAAGCAGUGCUUGAUAUAAUAGCAGUGCCUAAAUGCAACGAAACAACCGGAGGGCUGCUCGUUUUAAUUGCUUAACGCGUCACGAGUCCGCGUCGAUUCGCGAGCCGAGCGGGAUGUUGAAAGCUGAGAACUGGCGUGGGUGGCAGCCACCAGCAGCAGCAGCAGCAGGGGCGGUGGGCAAGGAGGUGUACCAGCGCAGCGGGCACAGUGACGUGCUAAUGGCCGGCCUCAACGAGCUGCGACGAUCCAGCGCCCUCCUCGACGUCGUUUUGAGGACGGCAAACAACGGAGGUGGAGUCCACGAGCUGAGCUGCCAUCGUCUCGUCCUGGCCGCUUGCAGCCCCUACUUUGCCGCGAUGUUCUCGGGAGGACUGCGCGAGAGCCGACAAGCCCACGUGGACCUCGGAGACAGCGUGGAUCCACAGGUGCUGGAGCAGCUGGUGGGCUUCGCGUACACUGGGCGCGUUGAGCUGGCGGAGGAGAGCGCCGCUCAGCUGCUGAGCGCCGCCGACAUGCUGCAGUUCGGCGACGUGCGCGAGGCCUGCGCCGCCUUCCUGUGCCGCUGCAUCUCGCCCGACUCCUGCCUCUCCCUGCUGGCGCUCGCCGACGCUCACGCCUGCGCCCGGCUGCGCACUCUGGCGCUGCAAGCCUGCCUGGAAAGUUUUGAGCAAGCGUGCCAGGACCACCAAUUCCCGCUCCUGUCGGCGGACGUCAUUGCCGAGCUCCUGUCGAGCGACGAGCUGGAGGCCACGGAGGAGACGCACGUCAUGCAGGCCCUCGCUCGCUGGGCCCAACACGACAGCGAUGCACGCAGACCUCACCUCCCGCGUCUGCUCCGCUGCGUACGCCUGGGGCUACUGUCCAAAGAGUUCCUCUCCGCGACUCUCAACGGGGGCGAUGGGGGCGUCUUCUCAGGAGAGCCGCCCUGCCGCAUUGCCCUUGAAGAGGCCCUCGCGUGGAGGAGGUCCUCGAUGCAGAGCUCCGAGUUGGGGACCAUGGCUCAUCCACGGAGAAACUCUUUGACGAUGUUUUUGAUAGCGGGAAAAACCUUCGCUUCCGAUAUGCUCUUCUCCGUCAGCCGUCACACGGGCUCGCUGACGCCGCGCCGCUCGCUGCCCCGGCAACUCAAGCAGUCAUCGGCAUGCGCCAUGGGCCAGCGCAUCCUGGUGACGGGCGGCAGGGCCCAAGCGGUGCUCACGGAGGGAGGCCGGGCCCCCGCCGGCGUGUGCCAGGCCGAACGAGCCACGUGGGUCUACGAUACGGCGGAGGACGAGUGGAGCCCGGGGCCAACCCUCGGCCUCACCAGGUACGCGCACGCGUCCACGGAGCUGGACGGCCGCGUGUACGUGGCCGGAGGCUACACGGUGGUCACCGCAGUGUUCCCCAUGUCCAUGUCGGAGCCCCUCAAAGAGGUGGAGUGCCUACACUCCGGUGCGUCUGAGUGGAAGCCCGUGGCCCCCAUGCCCCACGGACUCAGUUACCUCGCCAUGGCCGGGAGCAAAGGCAAACUCUACGUGUUUGGCGAGACGGAGUUCGUACCGCCGGCCGUGCAGCGCUACUGCCCGGCGUCGCGCUCGUGGUCGGUGAUCGGGCCGUGCCCGCUGCGCUGCCGCUUCUCCGCCGCGGCGGCCCUGGGGCCGGACGUCUACGUGGUGGGCGGCGAGGGCAGCCGCGAGGUGCGGCGCUUCGACUGCGCGGCCCACCGCUGGUGGCGUGCCGCCCCCAUGGCGAGCGCUCGCACCAGCCCCGCGGCCGUGGCCGCCGCGGGGCGCGUGUACGUGGCGGGAGGAUACAAUGGCACCAGCCGCAGCGCCGACAUGGAGUGCUACUGCCCGCGGGGCGACACGUGGGCACCCGCGGGCGGCACGCCGGGCCUCUGCGUCACGGCCCUGGUGUGCGUGCCGGCCGGCGGCACUUGACGGACGAGGAGGAGGGUGAGGAGGCCGCGAUGAGAACCUAGGUCAGCCAAGUCGGUCGCGGUCGAUUCGCCACCGGAAUGAAGGCCUAGCCCUAAGCAGCUAAGGAACUCGCUCACGACCGCACGAUGUAGCAAGCCACCCCGGCGCCUGCUCGCGAGCCAAUUUCAUCGCUCCGUCUCGUCGGUGGACGUCGUCGAAAUAAAAUUACUUCCGCGUUUCA